UUCUUCCAAGCGUAUCACUUCCCUUUCUUUAAAAACCCCUUUCUUUUCAAUCAUUUUUCAUAACCCACAUCAUAUUUUCAUUCAAUUUUUCAACCUAAAUUGAGCUUUUCAUACAUACAUUCAUGGCUGAAAAUGGGUCUGAACCAAAAAAUACUGCCACAAAAUCACCCACUGGGGUGGAAAUGGGGGCUAUGAGUGGGCCAUUAGUCUCACCUUCUCCGUUUCCGGUUAGCCGGAAAGUUAGGCCUGCAAUGAUUGAUGCUGUUCAUGUUGUUUUAAGGUUGCUAUGUUUAGUUACUUCUGUUGUAGGACUGUCUUUAAUGGUGACUGCUAAGCAAACUUCUAGUCUUAAUCUUUAUGGGUUUCAACUCCCUGUUUACUCUCAUUGGUCUUUUUCCGACUCUUUUGAGUAUCUGGUUGGAGUUUCAGCAGCAGUAGCAGCUCAUUCUUUGCUUCAGUUAGGAAUUAGUAUGUCAAGAUUUAGGAAGAAAGCUAUUGUAAUCCCAUCUCAAAAUUAUGCAUGGGUUAUCUAUGCUGGUGAUCAGAUUUUUGCGUAUGCAAUGAUGAGUGCAGGCUCAGCUGCCUCAGGGGUGACGAGCCUUAACCGAACAGGAAUUCGACACACAGCUUUGCCCGAUUUCUGCAAGCCCUUGCACGCAUUUUGUAAUCGAGUUGCUGCCUCGAUUGCAUUCGCUUUCUUGAGUUGUUUGUUGCUUGCUGCCUCAGCUGUUCUUGAUAUUAUUUGGUUAACUUGCUACUGAUUUCAAGUGUUGUUGUUUAGUCUAGUCCUUUGCCCUAAUUAGUGUGAAUAAUGAGAUUAUCUGCAGUAUAUGUAUUCUGGUGAUCUUUGAGUAAUUUUUGUAAAUGUUGGAACUAAUGUUAAGAGUGAAUCGUAUAAAGAUCCUAUCUUGAGAAAAUGAAGCAAUAUUGUUCAAACUUCAAAGCAUAAACA